AUGACCGGACCACCUCUCACUCCCGAGACUUUUUCUCCAGAAGGCAGCACUAUCAGCUACCCAGGCCGGGCCACUCCGGUUCAAGUUUCCCAGAAUGUCACCCGCUCGUUUGCCGGCGCUCUGUCCGAUAAUUGGCCCCUAACCUUCGCGAAUAUCCGCUUAAUCAGCAUCGCAGCUUACACUGAUGGACCAAGCCUUAGGGCCAAAGUAUCCUUGAUGACCAAAAUAGAAAAUUCCGAUGAAGAGAUAAUUGUUCGAUCAACGCACCCUUCACUAAAGGGUUGCCACGAAGUUUCAGUUGUCGAGGGUGGCCAGGUAGACAGGCCUAUAUGGCUAGUCAAUGCGAGCGAUGCUCACCGCAUUGAAAGCACGCAUGCGGCCGGCAGAGAGAUUCACAUUUUGCCAAAGCAUUUUAGCCGACCUCUUUCUUACUCUUAUGUGCCGGUCCGAGACACGAGUGUUGUGACGAUAGAUCCACGGGCUUUUCUUUCACCGCAGGUCAUUAUAUCAAUCCGUGAAGCGUUCCCUGGGUCCUUAGGCAUCCAAAUCAUUCUCACUGGCUGGAUGUUGGUUUUGUUUCCAGACAAAAAAUCACUAGAGGCGUGCUGGGCCAAGGGUGCACCGGACGAGGUCGGGAACCUAAGGGUCGGAUACAUCCUAACGUCGUGUUGUGCUACAGCUAACGUCAUCGAAUCCGGUCAAGCUGUAAGCAAUGCGCCAGCCACUUUCGCCCACCAUGCAGCGCUAGGCCUACGAUUACGGCUUCCAGGUGGCUCAGAAGCAAUAACAACAGUCACACAUGCGUUUGUUCGCGUUGCUAACCCUGGAAUGUCGAAUUUGAGGAAGGGCUUCAUGGAACAGAUUCUGUUCGCGAAGGAGUACCUUAGAAGAUUGCGACCGCCGCCAAGGCAGACCCAACACGCGGGCAUUGUCCAUUCAAAGCGAUCUUCAAAUUCGCCGGUCGGCAAAGAAAUAUGGUUGAGCGGAACCAAUACUCAUAUUGGCACUAUCACUGUCACAUACGACCGAUGUUCACGUCAUCGCCUCAUUCCAUACCCUUAUGGCUUCCAACAUGAUCUCAGUUUGGUCACUGGACCCAACCUCCCUCAUCUAACGAACCCCCCCAACACCCCACGAGUGACCGAAUGGGGCCCAUACGAAGAGGCGCUUCAAGGCAGGCCGGUUUUUUUACACCGCUACAAUAUCGCGACCGGGAGAUUUCAUAUCUACCAGGGCCAUGGGAUAACAGCACAAGCCCAACAGUGUAUUAUCCAUGGGACCCAGUACAGCUGGGAGGAGAGAUCACGGGGAUUCAGUACCGCCUUGCUCUGGAGGACGAUACGUGACACUGAUAGUGUUCGAGGAGCCUCAGGCAGCGUUCUAUGCCUAGGCGAGCCACACCACGAAACAGCAAGAGCACUACUCUUCCAAAACUUUGAGGGAUCCCUGACAGCGAGCGAACAUGUUAAGAUUGCUGACAACGAGGAUGCGUCUAAAUUUAAAGGCGGGUUCCUCUUACCUGAAGAGAUUCGACAAUCACAGAUCAUCACAGUCCAAACACCAUUUUCGAAAGUUUUCCGCUCCCCCCAGAGGAACUCUAAUUCGGAGGCAGUGACACAGGAAAACAGCAUGACCGUGUAG